AGUCUGAAACGUAGUUUCGUCCAACACGCAAGCUAAUUUUCUUUGCUUUCCAUCAAAUAAAACGGGAAAAAACCAGAUACAUUACAGUCCCAUCAAAUCUGUCAGAUGUUUGAAAUUUUUCACAAAACAUCUUUAUCAAUGUGAACUGUUUUAUGCUUCGUUCGAUUAGUUCAUAUGGGAAUACAUUCCGAAAUUCGUUUCACUUUUUGAUUAAAUCUGAUAUUUGAGUUUUAUUUUGACAAUUGUGAAUCGUGUAUUUACGUGAAGUUCAAGGGCUGUAAUGACUUAUUAAAAAUCCAAUUAUACCAAAUGUGACAAAGUGCAAUGAGAAUAUAUUUCGGUAUAUUUGUUUGUAAUUAAUCCAAAUGUCAUUGAGCCUGAGCUGUGAUAGCCACCGACGAUAACAAAUUGUGUUGCCAAGGGAAAAUCACUAUUUACUACGAUAUUGCCGAUUCCUCGGGAAAGGUAAACAGCUUUUGUGUAUUUCGAUGGAGCGUAAAUGAAAAACCUACGGCAAUUCAAGCGAAGAAAAUGGAAAAAUAGUCCGAAGAGUGUGUCAAUGUUGUUCUGAUGUCCACUUCUAACUGGACUAAAUUUUAUUUAUUUCUGAAAAAGUGACGUGCUAGAAGUUGAAUCGAUUUCAAGAAACGGCUGAAGAUUAUAAAGAUUCUUCUGCAAAUCCUCGUCGAAAAGCAACGUCGUCCGUUAGAGUUGAAAGAUUGAAUACCUUGACCGCUCUAGAGCUCUAUCAACGAAUUUCAAACACAUAACACAUUUCAUAAAAACGAAGUCUUUUUUCAAAGUACCGUAUCAAACUUUCAGUGAACUAUGUAAAGGAUUCACACAGCACAGGAUGUCGCACGUCAUAAUGAUCGAGGAACCGAACGGUAAUAACACGGUCAAUGUGAAGUUGUCAUCGAGUUCAGUGAUUCCGAUCACCUCGUCGACGUCUAAUGAUGAUUUGAGCCAGAGUUUAUCCGCUUCCGAGUAUACAGAUGCCGAUGAAAGUAUGUCAGCACCAACGGAGUAUUUAGCAGAGUUCUUGUCAGCGGUGAUGCAAAAAGACUAUCGAAAAGCCCUUAAGUAUUGCAAACUCAUACUUGACUUCGAGCCGAACAACAUUACCGCCAAAGAAUUUUGCCCAUUGAUUGAAGAACGCAUGAGAUCAAUGGAGGAGCGGUCGUCGAGUGAUGAGGAAAAUGAAAACUACAGCAAUGUAAUAUUUACGCCUGAAGAUGAAGAAGUACAAAAUGUAGGUGUACCACAUCGCCAUUGUUUUUUCCAUCGAUUAGAUGAGAAUAUCGAUGACUUGGGCAACCUAUCGAAUAACAGUGGUGACAGUAGCAGUGAAGAAUCUGACGAAUACUACAAUCAAAGUGAUUUCGAGGAGAAAUUUUCGAUUGAGUCGAACAAAUCAAUAUCAUCGAAUGCAGAAAGUGAAAAUACAACACAUUCCUAUUCGAAUUCAUUGCUCGAAGAUGAGGAAGAUAACAACGGUGAUGUGUCCGAGAGUGAUUUUGAAGCAGAUGAUCAAUACGAAGACGCACAUCUACUUUUGCCCAAUGCAAAAACCGAAAAUAUGCCCAAUUUAAGCGACUUGAACAAUGGAAAUUAUCAGCCAACAUCAUGUAGUGAUUCUGAAUCACCAACCGAACCACUGACACAAAAAGUUGUUCCAAUCCAAUAAUAUGGGACGAACGAAUCGGACACAUACAUACACACACACACACACAAACACUCAAUAUAUCCUCUCAGUUCCAUUUUAUACGGCAUUCACAUUAUAGUUUUCAUUAAUCAUCAUCCAAAACAUAUAUAUACCACAGUUAGUAUGUACCCUGAAUCGUUUUCUAUGUAGCACCACAUGACAAUUCGAUUAAGACGAACGAGGUUUGCGAUUUGUACCGUAGAUUUUAUGACUUUGGACAAAUCACACGAACAUACAAUAGUUAUUAUGUUUUUAAUCGGUUCGUGUUAUGAGAAAUAUUUGCAAACCAAUUAGUUUGCCAAUACGAUGACAGUCAUAGAGGUCAACCACUAAAUCAUUGUGCUCAAUAAUCCGUUUUAGAAGAUGAUUGUUGUCAUUAUUUUUUCAUUCCUUUUGAAAAAAAAAAAACAAAUGAAAACCAUACACAAAAUGUCACAUAUCUCAGAACAGUUUAGCAUCAAAUUUAUAGAUAUACAACGGAACAUAUAUCACAAUAAAUGAGAAAAAUUGUAAAAUUAACAUAUAACUUGAACAACUGAAGUAGCAUAUUUGUCAAAUACUCAUUUUACUCUCCGUAAAUUUUCUUUUCGAGAAGGAUUAAAGGAUUGAUUUAGUUGAAAAGGAGGAAUAAGAAGAAUUCCGAUGUGAUGAAGCGAUAGCUGGUACCAAAUGAAUUUUUGUAUUAAUUUUUUUUCUUCUGUGUAGCUCUUCUUUUCAAAACCAUUUUAUUACGAACUAUUAGGUGUAAAAAGACUACAGAUUGCCUUGAAUUGAUUCAUUUCUGAACUGAUCUAAGUUUGAGCAUUUGUGUUUUUAUUAGAUGCUUUGAGCAGAGUUUUUGGUUCAUGCAAAAAUAACCAUCAACUGAGUCGAUUUGUUCGCUGUAUUCUUUAGCGAACGGUCAAAUCUCAUUGGAAAAAAUUUGGAUUUUUUUUUAUUACGAUCAACAGUAACAUCGAAUGAGGCAUGAAUAAAGAUUUAGAACUAUUUUUUGUUUUGUUAGUUAUUCAAUUAUUGCUAAUGUACUAUAUUCAAUGGGAUAAAUUACCAAAAUGCAGAAAUGCGAAAAAAAAACUAUGAAAAUAAUUUGGGAGUGAUUCUUAAUUUUUUGUAAUGCCUAAAAGUUUUUUUUUUUUUUCGAGCAUAUAUUGACGUAUAAACGCAUAUUUGCAUCAUAUUUACUAAGUCAUAAUAAUUAUUUAUCAUCAAAUUGGUGGAAAUAAAAUUGUCAGCAUUAAUUUUUAUUCAAUUCAAAUAAAAAAAAUUUCAUUAAAAUUCA